AUGCUAAAUACAGAUUGGACAGAGAUAGAAGUAAUUGAACUGAUAGUUGAUAAUGCUACACAUCUUGGAUUUGGUAUGUGUGGAAGUAAGAGCACAGGUGUAAUCGUUAGAUGCAUUACACCUGGUGGAGCGGCUGAAUUGGAUGGUCGUCUUCGACUUGGUGACCAUAUUGUCUGCAUUCGUGACCAUAAUGUUCGAAGUUAUGGACCAGAUCAAGUGGCUACAGUUCUACGCCAAACUAUAUCAAAUUGUCUAUCUGAAAGUGUGUUAAAACAAGAUUCUCUGCAGAUGGAUGAGACGUCCACAAACACAAUAAAUAAAAAAACUUCACGUAUCAGAACACAGACAUCAACAAACAGGAUUUCAUCAACUUUUACCAAUACUAUUAAUAUACGUUCGGAAAAAUAUACUUUAUCCCCAAGCCAAAUAGAUUCAAAUCAAAUUGAGUCUAAUGAAAUUCACGAGACCAAUCAACAACUAAUGAGCAACCCAACAGUUUUAAUUCGAAUGAUUGUAGCUCGUCCAGCAAAUGGUAAUCCUGUUGAUUUGAAUGAUAUCAGUUUAAAACAACAAGCUGUUUGUCGUCAACAUGGUGUUCUUGGAAUGCUGGCGAUUAUACCAACAUAUCAAUUAGAUCAAUAUAUAGAUGUAUUACUACACAAGAAACUUCCGCUUGUUGAUUUGUACAGUCUAUACAAAACAGAUCUAUUGAGCAUUGAAAAUAUUACUGAUAUUUAUGAAAAAACAAAUUCAAAUGAAGUUGACUGCUUUAAAUUAUCAAAGUCAAUCGAAUACACUGGAAGUGAGUUGAUAGAAAUGAAUAAAAUCACUGAAUGUUCUCCAACGUCAUCGAAACGACAAGAACAAUCAAAUGUAGACUUUCAGAAGUUCCGAGAGGUGAAACCGUGCUCGACACUUCAGGUUAUAGAAAGUCCUCGAAAUUCCUCAGAAUCUGAUAUUGAACAGGUCCGCAAUAAUCUACAAAGUCCAGUUAUUGAAAAUGAUCGCUUAGAUAAUAAAUAUAAUGAAAAUGUAAAAAUUGGUUGCAACACAACGUUGAAUUAUCAAACCUGUUCAAUUGAUCAUCAUAAUUCAUCUUCUCUCAACAAAUAUGUUCUUGAGAAUAUAAGUCAACAAAGCUUAUCAAUUCAUGUUGAUAAAAAACAAAAGAAUGUCGAAGAAGAGGCAGAAAAAACUGAAAUUCACACUGUACAAUUAACAAAAUCAAAGGACCAAGGUUUAGGUUUAAGUGUAGUUGGAUAUAUUUAUAAAAAUCCAUAUGAUAAAAAUGAAUACAAUAAAGGAAUUUUUGUCCAAAACAUCACUCCCAACAGUAUAUCGGAUAAAUCAAAAUCAAUUCAAGUAAAUGAUCAAAUAAUCCAAGUAAAUGAAAUAUCCCUAAGUGGUCUAGAUAACUUAAAGGCCAUUUCGGUUUUAAAGAAGUCUGAUGCAAGCAUCACACUGAAAUUGAAACGCUACCUAUGUGGCUUCCUCUGUAAAGAACUAAAGAAAGCGGGUUCUUUCCAAACAAGCAAUAAUGACCCACAAAAUCGAUUGCUUAAUCAUGAUGAAAUUUCAGAUUCUGAUCUAAAUUCGGAUCAACCAUACUCAGUAGACAACAGUGUAUUGAAGUAUAAUGUAAUCAACAGUGAAGCAAGUGAUUCAUCAAAUCAAUCAGCGGUUAGUAGAUUGUAUCAACACGAAAAUUAUCCAUUAAAUAAUACUAAUUUCAAUCAAUCGAAUAUAUUACACAUGGAAUUAACAGAAGAAUUAAUCGAUUCACCAUGUACGUGCUUAUAUGGUCAUGAAAGUAUACAAAAUAUAGCCCUGAUGAUAUUUUCAGAAGAAAAGGAAGUUAAGGAAAUGUCACCAUUGUUGAGUAAUAAAAAUAAUCAUGAUCAAUUAAAUCCAGUGGCUUUUUCUGACCGAUUAUUAACUAAUAAAAAUUGUAAAUUAUUAAACCCAGAAAUUGUUAACUUCACUGAUAAUAUAGAAUCAUAUAAGCAACAAACAUCCGUAACAAUGAUGACAACCACAAUAAUAAAUAAACAGGAAUAUCAAAAUGUGACUACCGAUCAAAAGAGUGAAGAAUUCACCAAACGUCUAUGUGUUGUUGGAAGUUAUGAGACGUUCGCAGCCAGUAGGUUCACGUCUAAUUUUGGCAUUGAAACUACAUCUAAACGGGAAGUGAGGCGAAAUACAACAACUAGAAAUAUCAGUGAUGCUUUGAUUGACAAUAAUAAUGAAAAUAGUAAUACAACCAUCGGAUCUAAAGAAAUUAUUGACACAAAUCGUCUUGGGAAUACGGAUCAUAUCAGUUCAUCAAAUGUGGAACAAAUCAAAAUUAAUAUGCACAUCAAGAAAAGACUUCGCCGCUACAUAAGUAACAUUAUAAGCUUUACUAAUUCUCACACUCGAAACACGCUUCGUGAUCGAUCUUCUGAUUUUUAUGCAAAUGAAGUUACAAAUGAAUUGGUUGAUCUCAUGCGUAAAGUUUGGCUACCGAUUGUUGGUCCUGGUUAUGACAUCAUAGUUUUACAUAUUCAUAAAUCUCGAGGAACAUCAAAUUUGGGCAUCAGCAUAGAAGGUGUGACCUAUGUGGCAGAACCAGAUUUCGAUCAUGGAAAUUUACCAUCUACAUUGGUUACAACUAAUAGUCAAAUUGAAGAUAAAUCUAAUCCAAGUAGUAAACUGUUACCAAAUGGUAUGGCAAAAUCUGCCCAUUCAAAUGAUAUCAAGUAUAGUGAUAUACCUUCACGCCAUUUCGUUCAAUAUAUUGUACCUGAUGGUCUGAUCGGUAGUUUGGGUGUUGUGCAAAAGGGCGAUGAGUUACUUCAGGCUAAUGGUCAUCGUAUACAUGGUACAACGCAUACUAGUACUCUUCGUUAUUUACGCAAUUUACCAUCACGCAUUGAAUUAGUCUUUGCCCGUAGAAAGUCUACAUAUGAGAAUGGAGAUGAUGACGUGUUUAGUAUUACGGGCGGUAAGGAUCAGUUGACUGAUGUCGUAGGGGAAUCACUACUUGAAGUUGCUGCUAGUGAAAUCGGUUCCGUAGAUACUGGCUCAUCUGUGAGAAUGGUGGAUGCUUACGAUAAAGUUGAUCGGUCAAAUUAUUCCAGUCCAGUAUCACCUGCUACGGCUCAUAAACGUAUCACUGAAUGGAUUCGAAAAUCUCAAGGAGAUUUAAGCGCGACUAUUCACUGUCCAUCUUCACCUGAAUCUUCUGUAACUAUGCAAACUAAUAAUAAAUCAGAAAGAUUUAGUUGUGAUUUAAAACAUGCACAAUCGUACAAAAUUCACCCCCUCCAUAACUAUAUAAAUCCGAAUUACACUAGUAAAUUGCAACAACAGUAUCUAGUAAAUACAAUGAAAAACGAUCGUAAAUAUUCAUUACCAAGUACAGUACAGCCGUCAGAAAUACAAAUCCCUUCUAGGACUCUAGGGCGUUUGCCAAUAUCAAGAUGUAGUAAAGUGUGUAUAGGAAAUCAAUCAUCUACUGAACAACACAAUCAUCACCGUUGUCAAACUCUACCACAUUAUCAUCAUAAUCGACCAAAUCGUAUUGAUCCUCGUUACGGCUUUAAACGACCAUGUUGGUCUUCAGUGCCUUUAAUUAUUCAACUGAAUAAAACAUCUCAUGGUUUUGGAUUUAGUAUAGCUGAAUAUGAGGAACUACCUGUUACUGACUUAGAAGGCAAUACACUCCGUAAAGCUUAUUCACUUGAUAGAAAGAGUUCUAAUAUGAUUGAAUCUGAUCGUCGAUCAUUUCAUUCCUCUUAUUCUACCGGUUCGACCAUUACAUCAUUAUCAUCGUUACCUGGUAAAAAUUCCAAAUCUUCCAAUGGAUUAAAACGAAGAUCCACGUGGUCUAGUCGAUCCAAAGCACACGGUAUCUUAUUAGUUGACAGUUUAACUCCAGGUGGUAUUGCACAGUUGGAUGGACGUAUAUCAAUCGGUGACAGGCUUUUAUUUGUUAAUGAUAAAAAUUUAAUGAAAUCUAGUGUAUUUGAGGCCGCUAAUACACUAAAGUCCCUUCCUAAUGGACCGUGUUUAAUUGGCAUUGCAAAAAUGCAGUUAGAAUCAAACGAAACAGAUGAAAUUCACGAAAAAACCCAGCAACAAUUAUUACUGCCAUACCCUGUUGUCUCUUCUAGACCUUCUGUUAUUGGAAUGUUUCCAGAUACUGGUGAAAUGAAAAAGAUCAGUGUUAAGUCUGAUCUAGCAUAUCCGCUACACGUAAACAUUGGUGACAGCACUAUCGAUAAUGAUGAUAAUAAUACGAUUAUGAAUGGUUUCAAUGCUACUGGAAGUGAAGAUUUAGCUUUAGAUUUUUAUACUCUACCAUUGCUUUGUCCAAAUCCUCAACUACAUGCACCCGAUUUACAAUAUGUCACCCCAGUUGACCCAAAAUUAGAGAUAACUGAGCGUUUGGAACGUGGAUCUUUACCGAUAGGUUUAAAGUUAGAUGCAUUAGCCUGUCAUGGACAAGAUGGUUGUCGUGUUCUGCAGGUUUUAGGUGGCGGGGCUGUAGCUCGUGAUCAAGUUCUUGUCACAAAUGAUUAUAUUACUAGUUUGAACGGUCUUUCUAUGCGUUAUUUAGACAAUCUGAAAGCAUUUGAAAUCUUACAUUCACUAUCGCAAAAUUCAGCUGUGAUUGACAUAACUUAUUUUCGUGCUUCCAUUAUUGAAUCUCAUCGAAUUAAAUGUUUAUCUAAAACAAUGAAUCAAACGCAUGAAAAUACUCUCCAGAAAAGUUGUCUUCCAUAUUCGUCCAUUGUUCAACCUAUAAAUUGGUCACCUCCGAUUGCAAUUGUACUUCAUCGUUUGGAUGCUAGUCAACCAUGGGGUUUAGUUGUAUCUGGUUCUGACAUUUGUUUACAAUUAAAUUGUUCAGCACCAAUGAAUUUAGAAAAUCCAAGCAUUGUAUCCGAGAUAUUGCCUAAUAGCAUAGGAAGAAAUUGUAAAUUACUUAGUCGUGGUCUGUUAAUUUUACAAAUUCAAGGUAUCGAUGUCUCUACCAAAGGCCCAAAUUAUGUCAAUGCUUAUCUGCAGUAUCUAUCGGAUCAGCCUGAUCUACAUGAAAUUCACAUAGUUGUAUGCCAUUUUAAUGAUGAUUGUACUGGUGAGAUAUUUAAUCCAAUCAAUCAAGUUAAUAUUACCAACUAUACUAAUAAUGCCAAUAAUAAUAAUUCAGAUUUUACUGAGAAAAUGGAGUUAUCCAACCAUUUAAAUUUCUUCACACCUAUCAAUGAUCAACAAUUACGUGGUCAUAUAGUCCACUCAGGAACAACUCCGAGUUCCAGUGAUAUGGAAGAUCCUGAACCACUGACUGAUAUGGAGUCUCGUGAUGUGGUGGAUAUUUUAUCUCUAUCAGUGCCGUCACCAGAUCCGAAUAAUUCUUCCGAUUCGCAGCGUAAUACCUAUAGGAAAAUUAAUCUAUGUCCAUUAUCUCAACUUUCAUCGCCUAUUUUAAAAGAUGAGGAUAACGUUGUCGGUACUGAUGUUAUGUUUUCAUCGUGUGACUAUUCCGAUAAAAAUUCAAAACUACGAAAUGGCUGGUCUAGUGGGGGUGUUUGUAAUUCUAGUUCUUCAUCAUUUUGUCAACACCUAUUACCUCCUAGACGAUUUUCCACGACAUCUAAACAACAAGAGGCGAUUGGUUAUUUAAAACCGACGGUAGUUAAUGAUUCGAAUGUAAAUGAAUUAAACUUCUCUAAUCCCGUGAAAUUGUACACACGUGAUAGUCAAGAUGAAGUACUUGUCAUUCGUCUACCAUUACUAAUUAAUUCCUCAUCAAUUUACACCCAUAAUGUUAACGAAGAAACAGGAAAUUUGGGUUUGCGUCUUGUAAGUUGUUCUAAUCCCGAGAGUAUGGCUACAUUUGUUGCAAGCUGUCAAACUGAUUCCAUAUCGUGGCAUUCUAGUGGUGGUCUUGAGUAUGGAGAUGAAAUAGUGCAGGUUGAAGACAUCAACGUCUGUGGAUUAGAUCAUUUUUCUACUCAACAGAUUAUCCAUUCAAAAAUUAACGAAUUAAUGUCAAAAAAGUAUGCAAUCAAUAACCCAAGUAAUAAUUCUUUUAUUGAUAAUGAUGACGAUGGAAAAGUAGGCGAUUCAGGUCAAUCAAUUAUCAAAUCUUUCAUUACACUAAUCAUAAGACGAAAUCCAAAAAAUUUGUCAUUAAUGUCAUUUUCACCGGAGUGCAAUGAUUCACCGUUAAGUGUAAAUAAUUUGACUAGUAGUACCUGUUCAAAAGCGUUAUCGUCAUCAGCACUUAAUCAAUUACCAACUGGCUCAAAGCCGAUCCCACAUACAUUUCUAAAAGAGAUCAUGGUUGAAUUAAAUGAAGAUUUUUGGAAAUUUCAACUAUUCGACAUUAUCUUGGAGAGAGGUUCAGACGGUUUUGGUAUUUUCAUCGUUAAUUUGAGUCCAAACAAUGAACCUGGUGUGUUCGUUAGCGAAAUCCGUCCAAACAGCCCAGCAUCACAACAAGGAGUUCUUAGACCUCAUGAUCGUAUACUAGCUAUUGAUGGUCAACUUCAAUGUGAUUAUGAAAGUACACUGGAAUUGUUGCAAAAAUCAAGAAAAUCUGUACGUCUAACCAUCGGUAGACAAAUACCUUAUCACAGUGACUCACGACAAAUUCAACAAAUUGGACAUGUAACUACAACAGUGGAUAAUCCAGACAAUGAUAUGAAACAUAAAUUACCCAUUAUACCUGGGAUUCCUGCUACAGUUACUCUGUACAAGACUGACGGAGGUCUUGGAUUCUCCAUUGUCGGUGGAAGUGAUACAGUUUUGAGUAAUAUUUUGGUCCAUGAAGUACACUCUGGUGGAGCUGCUGCACGUGAUGGUCGGCUUCAAGUUGGUGACCGUCUAUUAGCUGUCAAUGGAACUGAUCUUCGUGAAGCUACUCAGAAAGAUGCUACAAAGAUUAUACGAACAGCUGAUGACUGUAUCCAAUUGGUUGUGUACAGAGAUCCUGAACCACAAUAUAUAAAUCAAGGUGUAUUUGAGUGUCAUAGUGUUCACUUGAAACGUGAUAUGCCCGGACAAAGUUUUGGUCUGUCAUUGAUUGGUCGACCUCAUUAUUCAACCGGCACAGCUAUUGGCGGCAUUAUAGAGAAUAGUCCAGCUGCUCGUUCAAAUCUUUUAGAAGUUGGUGAUAUAAUUUUAGAAAUUAAUGGUUGGGAUAUGCGUUUGGCUAAAUCAGAUGAAGUAGUCAAUUUAUUAAAGAAUGCACAUAGCGAUGUGAAAUUAUUGAUUGGACGUUACAAAACUGGGCCAUCAAUGCAUGCCUAUCCUCGAAAUCGAUUAAAUGUCUAUGUGGUUGUACUUGAACGUCGUCAAUUCGGCUUUUGUAAUGAUCGUUCUCAGGUGGAAAAACCUUAUUCCAAUGACACUGAUGCUCUUGUUGACUCUGUCUGUCAAAAAACUGAGGAAAAUGAAUUACGCGAUUUAAAAUCAUCAACUGACUACUAUAUUACCGUAAAGAACGAUCAGAAGAUUAGUGGUGAUGAUGAUAGUAACAAUGAUGAAAUCGCUUCAGCUGCAUUUGGUUUGCGUAUUCGUCAAGCGAAUUCACAAGAAUUACGGGACUCACACAUCCGACUAAUCGUGGAUAGUAUACAACAUGAUAGUCCAGCAGAUCGAUUAGGAAUGAUAAUGCCGGGUGAUCGCUUAUUAAGUAUAGAUCGUGAACCGGUGGAUUGGUUGAACCCAACUCAAGUUGGCCAGCUAUUAUCUAAUCUACUGUAUUGUACAAUAGAAUUCGGUCGUUUACCGUAUUUCAACGCACCAUUAUCUGCUAACAAUAAUACUAUAUCAGAUAAAUGUUUUAAGCAUUCUCCACUACCAGUCACUUCAUUAUGUCCAUCUCAUCGAACUCAACAAGAUGAACAUGAUAUGUUCCCACCUAAUCCACCUCCGUCACUAGAACUACCUACAUUAUUUGAUGGCGUUAUGCCAUGCAUUGAAACAUCAAGCUUUUUAAGAGAUAUGUGCACUUUGCCUGAACAACAAGAUGAAGAUGGUGAACAUUGUGUGAAUGAUAAUCAUUAUCGGUUACGUGAAUCUACUUGCUGUAUAAUUAAUUCAAGCAAUCAACAAGACCAAAUUGAUUCAAUGUUAAAUAUGACACCUUUAAAUGAAGAAGAAAUUAAAAAGGCUUUGGAAUUAGCUGAAAGAGGCAGCGGAGGAUUUUUUGUACGACAGAUUUAUUUACCAGUUGCACCAGUUAAUAUUAUCAAUAAGACCAAUUCUAGUCGUACAGCGAAUAUUCAUUUAGGUUUACGUUUAGUUAGUGGUCCGGGUGUUAGUGGACCAGUUGUUGUUCGUAUUGAGCCGAAUUCAUGUGCUUCUAGAACCAAUAUUCAGAUUGGUGAUCGUAUUCUGGGUCUAGAUGAUAAACUGUUACUUUCUUUACGUCAAGAUAAUCAUUCUGCUGAUGAUAUACUAUGUACGAUUGAAAACGUUUGGAUUACACGUUCAAUGAAUUCUCAGUUCACUUACGAACAAAAUCCUUGUUGUUUAACAAUUAUUAGUUACCAUAGUUUACCAUUGUUCAGUUCACUUAGUAAACAAGAAAAUGAUUCCAAAAUUGAGGAAGAGAAUUCAAAUAAAACCCUAGAAAAUAAUGCACAACUUACUAUAUCUUUAAAAAAUUUACAUCUAAUCAAUGGUAAUGCCACUAAUUGUCAAUGUAGCAUUAGUAGUAUUGAAAUGGGAAGUCCGGAAAAUCACAUGAUGUUAUCUAAUAUUACUACUCCUUCACCAUUUGAAUCCAAAUCACCCAUAGUGAGUAAAUUCCAACAAAAUGGAGAAGUUGGGCAUCCUAAUUCAGAUGGUGAGGUACAUCCAAAUUCAUCAGCAUUAUAUAACCACAGCUAUGAAUUGUCUCUUGAGCCAACCGAUGAUGUUAUACAUCAUUUGCCGAAUAAAAAUCUGUUUGUAGAUGAUACAAUGCACGUGAUAUGUGAAGAUGCUAGUAAUACUACCAACAAAAAUAAUCGAAAACACUCAUCAUGUGUUGAAUCGGUAUCAUCACUUUCAGCACCGCCACCUAAAGAUGAUGGCGUUAUGUGCAAUCGUCCAUUGAUGAAUAUAAAUCGUAAAUUUUCUAUUCAGAAUAAUCAACAUACCUAUGAUAACAAUGGGAUUAUGAAUAACAAAGCAUGCCUUUAG